CGUUAUCUGCGUUAGUAAAUAACGAGGAGCACGUGAACACAUCCGUAUUGUUGUUCUUCAAACUGCAGUGCAUCAACGUGUCGAUUUUUUUGGAGAGUUGUUUGAUAGUUGUCUAUGAGGUUGACAGCAUUUGCGUCAGGACACAGUGUUAACGCAGUAGUCCGGACGUUGGCCAGACGUCACAACUGCUAAACGGGCUUCACAGGAGGCCGCUCGCUUGUUUUUCAACGUUGCACCGGGAAGCUAGCAGCUAGCUUCAGCUGCUAAAGAGCAGGCACGCAUGUCGUAUACUGGAGGCUCUCUCCUGAAACUGAGACUGGUUAAAGUUGUAUCAAUUGAUCAUUUAUUUGGAGAUAGGUUGCCCUGACAACUAGGUAUUUGAUGGGCAUGGCCUCUCGAAUAGAGUGUUUGUUUUUCAGUGAGUUUCACCCUACCCUGGGUCCAAAGAUAACGUAUCAGGUUCCAGAGGAAUACAUUUCACGAGAGCUGUUUGACACCGUUCAGGUCUAUAUCAUCACCAAGCCGGAACUGCAAAACAAAUUGAUAACCGUAACUGCCAUGGGGAAGAAGUUAAUUGGGUGUCCGGUGUGCAUCGAGCAUAAAAAGUACAGUAGAAACGCCCUCCUCUUCAACCUUGGCCUUGUUUGUGACGCCCAAACCAACACCUGUGCCCUUGAGCCAAUUGUCAAGAAGUUGUCCGGGUACCUCACCACUCUGGAGCUGGAGAGCGGCUUUAUAUCCAAUGAGGAGAGCAAGCAGAAACUUUUACCCAUUAUGUCGACCUUGUUAGAAGAACUUAAUGCCACAGGAGCGUGCACCUUACCCAUAGAUGAGUCCAACACUAUCCACUUAAAGCUGAUCCAGCUGCGUAAGGACCCCCCAAUCGUCCAGGAGUACGAUGUGCCCGUCUUCACCCAGUGCAAAGACUAUUUCAUCAAAUCUCAGUGGGAUCUCACCACUCAACAGAUUCUGCCCUACAUUGACGGAUUCCGACACAUCCAGAAAAUCGCUGCUGAAGCGGACGCGGAGAUGAAUCUGGUUCGCAUUGCGGUGCAGAAUCUUUUGUAUUAUGGGGCUGUGACCAUGGUAUCGAUAUUUCAGUACUCUAAUGUGUAUUGCACCACCCCCAAAGUCCAAAGCCUCAUAGAUGAUAAGUCCAUUCAGGAGGAGUGCCUCAACUACGUCACUAAGCAAGGUCAGAAGCGUGCCAGUCUGAGAGAUGUGUUCCAGCUGUACUGUGGUCUGAGUCCAGGAACCACCGUCCGAGACCUCUGUUCUCGCUACUCGCUGCAGCUUCAAAGGGUUGACGAGAGGAGGCUGAUCCAAUUUGGACUGAUGAAGUCCCUUAUUCGACGGCUGCAGAAAUAUCCAGUAAAGGUCAUCCGUGACGAGAGGAGCAGGCUGCCUCGACUCUACACCGGUUGUCAUAGUUAUGAUGAGAUCUGCUGCAAAACAGGUAUAAGUUACCAGGAGCUGGAUGAACGUUUGGAAAACGAUCCCAACAUCGUGGUGUGCUGGAAGUGACCUCCAUUUGGAAAUUCUUAAAGAUAAAGAAAUGCUUCAAUGUGAUGGGAAUAGUUUUCUUUAAAUACUGAUGGAAGUAAAGAAGUAUUUGUUAAAUUCAUAUUAAGAUCAAGUGAUGACUGUUAUAUUUAUUCAUAUUGUACAAAAGAGCCUUUGUGAUUAAUAAAAGAUGAUUCAACAAUGUGACAUUUUUUCUUAAAAUCCCAAUCUGUAGGAAUAGGGAAUUUGAAGCUUUAUGUGAUUUUGUAACCAUUAAAAAUUGAGCCUCCGAUUGAUAUAGAAGUAGAGGAAGACGGACCUAGGUCAUGUGUGUUUCUCUACCUCGGUAAUAUGACAGGAGAUGAUGUGUUGAGAGAAGGCAGGUAUCUGUUGAAAAUCAGCAGCUAGCAAAAGGCCGUUACAAAGAGAUGGCACAGGACGGAGCCACCAGCACUAGAGGCAUGGAUGAAGAUAGUUACUGAACUAAACGAUAUGGAACUGUUAACACACAAAAUUAGAACCAAAGAGGAACAAUGUCGUGACAAAUGGAAGAUGUUCAACACACUAACGCCAGUAAAGGUUUCUUCCCUGUGGGUAUGGGUAUGUAGGUAGACAUAUAUUUAUGUGUGUGUAUCCUGAAAAUGUGAAAAUAAAGUGAUAAAAAAGUAGAGUAGAGAAAUA